UCCUCGCAGAAGCAUGCCGUGUCCUGGGAGAGUAACCAUGACGAGCUGGAGUGUCCACGGGUUCUAAGGUCCAUGGGUUGAUAAAGAGGCAUAUUGACCGCUAGCCCAGUCGGGCUUAGCGCAGUUUUCCAUCCCGUAGGCCCUGGGGCCGUGAACGUGCUAUCGCUAUCGUCGCAACUCCAUCCUCAUAAUGGCAUCUGAACACCCAUCGAAACCCAUUAUCUACAAACCUCCCAUUCGAUCCAAGGUCGACCGCCCUUCAGUCGUCCUGUAUGGCACAAUCGAGCCAGAUUGCACCACCGAUUGGACGUCCAGCCUCGUCGCCAGCCUCUCCGACCUCCCCAUCGCAAUCCUCAACCCGCGACGCGAUGAUUGGGAUUCUAGCUGGAAGGAAGACAUUUCCUUCGCUCCUUUCAAGGAGCAAGUCGAAUGGGAAAUGGAUCACGCUUCCAUUGCCGACGUGAUUGUGUUUUACUUCAAGCCGGGGACGCUGACGCCUGUAACGUUGUUGGAACUGGGCAUGUAUGCGGGGCUUCAUACAAAGAAAUGCGUUGUCUGUUGUCCGGAGGGUUUCUAUAAGAGGGGAAAUGUGCAGAUUGUUUGUAGAAGGUUUAGUAUUGAGCUUGUGGAAAGUGUGGAAGAGUUGGGUGAGGUUGUGAAGGGUAGGCUGGUAAAGAUGUUGGAUGCGGAGAAGAAGGUUUGAAUCAUGGCUUUGGAGAUUUGGAUGCAGAGCCGUUCGACGAAGGUUUGCCUGUUGGAUUCAUCUCUGCGGUGCCCGGCUGCACCUGGCCCGCAAGGGUCGCGUAUACAUAGGAAGAUAUACAGCCUUCAGCUUACGUCGACUGCAUACGAUAACACUGGCUAUGCCCCAGCUCAUUUCCUC